AUCAGUUGGCAACACAGAGCGGGCGUGGUGCGGACGUGCAACUGAAAAGUAUAUUUGCCGAAAACCUACUGCUUAUUGAGUUCUGUCGGUUAUCUUGGUUCGACUUUUUCUUAUCCCUGUUAGGACUUGCAAGCAAAGAUUCUGUGUAUGGUGCCGUACUCUGAUGGCCAAAUUUAUUAUUCAUUGGAAACUGCUGUGUACAUUACUCAAACUAUCAUCAGUUCGUGUCUUAUAAGUGUAUCCGAAGUUUGGUGGUUUGGUUUUUAUGUUUCUUACAAAAUAAGUUUAUUGUAAAACCUGAAUAAAUUAGCAUCCCAGUAAGUUAUUUCUGGAAAAAUUGAUUCUUUUUUUAAAUUUUGCUCUGAGUAUUUGAAGAUUAGCCGAAAAUGUCUGAUUAUUUCAACGAAAUAAGAAUUAGAACAGUUUAUAACGGUGAAAUUAUGAUUACCUACAUUGAGCCAACUGUCACCUUUUCUGAUUUCUGUAAAGAAAUGAGACAAAUAUGCAAGUUUACUAAUGAGCAAGAAUUUACAAUUAAAUGGCUUGAUGAAGAAGGUGAUCCGUGCACAAUUUCUUGUCAGGCUGAACUGGAUGAAGCUAUCAGGCUUUCUGAGCUCAAUAAAGAUAUAGAAUUAACUGUUCAUAUAUUUCCUAGUGUACCUCCUAUUGCCGGAAUGCCUUGUGUUGGCGAAGAUCGUAGCAUUUAUCGUAGAGGAGCUAGACGGUGGCGCAAAUUGUACAGAGUUAAUGGUCAUAUUUUCCAAGCCAAAAGGUUCAAUAGAAGAGCAUUUUGUGCUUUUUGUGCGGAUAGAAUUUGGGGGUUAGGAAGGCAGGGAUUCAAGUGUGUAAACUGCAAAUUAAUGAUACAUAAGAAGUGUCAUAAACUUAUAACAGUAAGUUGCUUGGCAAUUGGAGAAUCUAUGCCUGAAAAUUUUCCAGACGGUAUUUCAGUUCCUUCCAAUGCUAAUGUAAUAUUGGAUAAUUCAGGAAAAAUUAAUGGUGAGAUUUCUGAAAAAGUUCAGUUAUCUAAAGGCUCGGGUACACCUGCAGCAAGUAAGAGGCAAGCAUUAAAGAAAUAUAGAGAAAAACUAGCUGAGAGUGUAUGUGAACAAGUAUCUGUCCAAGAUGUUGAUCAGGUUUCAAAAGAUUUGAAAGAACCUACAGAUUCUCGCCAAUACACUCUGGAUGAUUUUGAGUUGUUGAGAGUUAUUGGCAGAGGAUCAUAUGCUAAAGUAUUAAUGGUUGAACUUAAAACUACAAAACGGAUUUAUGCUAUGAAAGUCAUUAAGAAGGAGCUGGUUCGUGAUGAAGAGGAUAUUGACUGGGUACAAACUGAAAAACAUGUAUAUGAAACUGCAUCAAAUUAUCCUUUUCUUGUUGGCUUGCAUUCGUGUUUUCAAACACCAAGUAGACUGUUCUUUGUUAUUGAAUUUGUACGUGGGGGAGAUUUGAUGUUUUUGAUGCAACGACAACGUAAAUUACACGAAGAGCAUGCAAGAUUUUAUGCAGCUGAAAUAUCCUUGGCAUUGAACUUCCUUCAUGAGCGAGGCAUUAUAUAUCGGGAUUUAAAAUUGGAUAAUGUUCUGCUUGACCACGAAGGGCAUAUUAAAUUGACAGACUAUGGUAUGUGUAAAGAAGGCAUCCGCCCUGGUGAUACAACCAGUACUUUUUGUGGAACACCCAAUUAUAUAGCCCCUGAAAUACUUCGUGGAGAAGAUUAUGCUUUUGGUGUAGAUUUUUGGGCUCUAGGUGUUUUGUUAUAUGAGAUGCUUGCUGGUCGUUCUCCAUUUGAUAUUGUAGGUGCUGCUGAAAAUCCAGAUCAAAAUACGGAAGAUUUUCUGUUUCAGGUUAUUCUUGAUAAAACAAUACGUAUUCCACGUUCUAUUUCUGUGAAAGCACAGUCGGUUUUAAAAGGCUUUCUUAACAAGAAUCCUGUUGAACGCCUUGGAUGUCAGUCUGGAUUUUCGGAUAUAACAUCUCAUCCUUUUUUUAAAAGUAUUGACUGGCAGUUACUUGAGAGUAAGCAGGUACCUCCACCAUAUAAACCCAAACUGGAAACAGAUAGGGAUCUUGAUCAUUUUGAUCCUCAGUUUACCAGUGAGCCUGUUGUACUGACUCCUGAUGAUAUGAAGGAAAUAGAAAAGAUAGACCAGUCUGAAUUUGAAGGUUUUGAGUAUGUCAAUCCUUUACUAAUGUCAAUGGAAGAUUGUGUCUAACUGCAUUUCAUGAAAGAUGCAAAAAUUUUGCAAGUAUUUGUUGAGCUAUUUGAAAAGGGAAACAUGCAAUAUUUUUAUAUUUUCCCAAAUCAUAUUUCCUGUAUAUUUUAUAAUACUCUCUGGAAAUAUAUUAUGAAUCACUUGUAUAUCUUGAUAUGUUCAGUGAUUACUUGUUUUGGAUAAUAGCAUCAAGUGAAAUUUUCAUUGUUGUAUGGAAGAGGAAUUAUUUAUCAUAAUUGGAAAUAGGUAUGCGUUCUUUAAAUAACUUGAGAGAAAAAAAAGCUGAAUGGCUUUUCACAAAUUUUUAUUUUGUGUUGGUAUGGAGUGAUAUAUUGUUAUAUAUAGUCAUUGUAAAAUUGCAGCAUGAUAUAGUUUGUGAUUCUGUAGAAUGAUAAAGUGCAUCUUUAUGUGUCAUUAUUAAGGAAAUGAAAAUUCUUUUGGAAGCAAAUGUUUUCUUCUGAUUGUGGAAAUUAAUAGUUUGCAAGUUAAUUCAUAUAAGCAUAUAGUUAUAGUCAAAUCGGCUAAAAUACAUAAGAUUAAUUAGUUUAAUAUUUCCGAGUUGAAGUUGCUUCGGAAUAUAUUCUGUGUUAAAUCAGUUUCAUAUAAAAAAAGUGGAGCUGGUUUUUAUUCUGUGUUAGGUAUCUCUCCAACUAAUACCAGACUUAUGCUACACAGGUUUCUUUUGCUUUGAAUUAAAUAUAAGUUUUUGUUACCUUGAAGUAAGCAUAUUCUAAUUUUUAAUAGUCAAGAUUCUUCUAUUAAAUUUGAUAAGUAUGUAAUGUUGGACAAAUUAUUGUUUUAAGCAUAUAUUUCUUUGAAAUAAUAUGUGCAUUUUUUUUUACAUUAUUUUUGUUUGAUGUACAUUUACAAUAUGAAUUUUGCAGAAGUUUUUUUUUUUUUUCCCGUAAAUUAAUAGCUGUUUCGCUGAAACAGAGCAGCUACUGUGCGAUAUGCAGCUAAAAUUUUAAAAUUCCAAGAUUGUGUUUAAUUUAUUGUAAAUUAUUUUUAAGUGAAUAUUAAGUAGAUUAAAAAUGUCAAUAAUAAAUUAACAAAGUGAAAAAACUUUAACUGUUAUCAGUAGUUUUCAAAAAUUUUUAAGCAGAACACAACAUAAAAAAUUAUAUGAACAGUGCUUUAUUAUGCAGUAUUUGACUGCAUGGUUGCAAGUGUAUGCAGUUUUAUAAAUUAGUAGAAAAUAUAGUCAUAAAUGUAUUUGUGAGGUGAGCAAUUUUUUUCUUUGAUUGAACUAGUCCUUUCUGUAUCAGCUGCUGAAAAUAAUUGAAAUAAUUACUAAAAGAUUAAAAUUACUGAUGAUAAUUUAAAUACUGAAGAUAUACUUCUAAUAUUAUGCGACUUAAAAUUAAGCUUUCAGAAGUGCUAUAUAUGUAAGAAAAUUUCUUCAUGUGCUAUAUUUAGUGCUGAAUUAAGAGUUAGUUAUUGUUGUUUGUCGGAAAUAAGUACAUCAUUAAAAGUUUUAGAUUUUUAAAUAAAUGUUAGUCUAAAUAUUUAAUCAUUAUCUUGUUAAUGAUUGUGUUUUUUUUUUUUUUUUUUUUUUUUUUUUUUUUUUGUGAUAAGAAAUUCAAACUUAUAUAACUGUUAUUUAAACUAGGAAGCACUUUGCCAUAAUGUUGUACCUUAUUCUGAGCAGUAUAUAUUUUUGUUUGAUAAAAAAGAGCUUAUGUUGGUGAUGAAUAUUUUUUAUCAUGAAAUAAUUUGAUUUAGGUUAAGUAUUUAAGGAUUUUUAAAAUAUAAUUAAAUGUUUAGUUAUCUAUUAAUAUUGAAAAAAUUGCAUUAAAACUCGUAUCUCUUAUAUCAUUAUUAGUAUUUCACAAUAUGAUUUUUUUUUUUUCUGAAAUUACUUCAGUGAAAAAAUUCUCACAAGUAGAAUUUUGCAUAAGCAAAUUGCAUGUAUAAUUUUAUCAAUUCAGUGUGCAGGUAUAAUUCUUAAAAAAUAAAUUUUAUACUGUUUUCAUGAAUGAAUUUUUUUAUAUCAGUAUAAGACAUUCUCAUUUAUCAAAACAGUAAAUUAUUGUACAGUUAUAUGUACAGUUUAUCAGAAAUAUGAACAUAGAUUAGAAGGAAAUAUGAUUAUUAAAUCAUAUGAAGGAAUAUGACCAUAGAUCAUAUGUUACAUAUGACUGUACGCAGAAAUUUUAUACUUAUGAAAUCUUAUGAAAAGGAUUAGAUGUAUAGAACAGUAUCUAUUAAAUACGUGUUAUUGUUCCGUAACUGUAUUUAAGUAAUUAUUUGUAAAGAUCUAAAAGUAUAUGUAUUAUAUUAAUAGAUAGCUAAUCAUUAUAUAUAUAUAUAUAUAUAUAUAUAAUUUUGUCUACUAUUUCAUUAUAAAAGAAGUGUAAGCAACCAGAUGAUAAAAAAGGAUUUGUUUGCGUGUUACAUUGGAAAUUUCUUGCCCUUAUAAGUCAGAGUUAGCUAAAGCACCUUUUGCAAUUUCCAAUUAUGUAUGACCCAGUGCCUUUAAAAAAUAUUAAUCUGCUGGAGAAUGCAGAUUUUCAUGAUUUAUAACUGAUGUUUAUAAUGAACUUUUAAGACAGCAUCCUUUUUGUAAAAUAACUAUGUAGAGUUGAUUAUUGGAAAAUUGUUGAGAUAUAAUUUUUAAGAUUGUGAGAGAGAAACUUCUCAGGACUGGCACUAGAGCUGUGCAACUUAUGCAGCAGAAUUUUUACAAUUUAUCUAGGCCGGUCCUUAACUUUUCUCAGUACUUAAAUAAGGAAAAAUAAUAUUGAAUUAAAAUCUUUCUUUAUAAACUUGAACAACAGCCUUUUUCAUAUAUUUUUGUUAUUAGCAGAUCAGUAUCAAUUUUUACCAAGUGAGAAAGCUUAACAUUAAUCAGGCAUGUCUGUUGCCAGAUUUUUUUAAAUUUCUAGUGGUUAAAGAUGUUUUGUAUUAUCUAUGUAUUUUGAUCAGUUAAGUUAUAUCAUAAAUGUACAAUAAUGUUUAUACUUUUUUUCCUGUUGUUUGUUUAGUUCAGGAACUAUUUAAUUUGAUGUAUAGUAUUGGAAUGUGGACCAUUUAAAACUAGGCUUCGUCGUAAUGUUAUAAUAAUGAAUUUGUUUUGAAAUCUAUAUUCCUUUUAUUGUUAAACCUUAUGUAUUAGCUUGUAAUUUAUUAAAACAAUUUACAUUUCAUUAGACUCUUCAUGCGUAUGUCAACAUGCAUAACUGCAUAAACGGGAUCGAUUGAUACCAGGAUUCAUCAUGGUUUACUACGUAAUACAGUAUUAAAACUUAAUGUAUAACAAUAGCUAUACAAAAUCAUAAGUGUCUUAACAAAUUGGUACAACAAUUAUAAAUUGUAAUUUGUUAUUGAUUUCAUUGAAAUUACUAGCUUUAGUUAAAAUUGAAAACAGUCCUUUGUUAUGAAUAUUGAUAAUUGCCAUUAUAUAUGUGAACAUUUAUGUUAAUGUUGCUGAUCUCUACAGUGUUCAUUAAAUGCAUGCAUUUUCACAUUAUUUUAUGAACUUUUCUCCCAUUUUUUUCAUGGAAUUUAAUUUGAAUGUUUAAAAUUUUUGUGAACUUUUUAAACUUCUAGUGAACUUAAAAGUUGCUUAGUUUUCAUGAAAAACAUCAUAAAAAGUCUCUCUAAAUCAGCUUUUUAUUAUUAUUAUUCUAAAUUUCAUGAUUUAUGGAAUCGAUAAAUAUUAAAUGUAGUCAAAUUUUCUGAUCAGCUGUUUUAUGCUUUUUGAAUGC